AUGCAGCUUUGGAAGGUCAAGGGCUUGGCGGCGGCUGCUGGCGCUGCGACGCUCUGGGCCCUCUCCCUCAAACGCCGCAGCCGCGCCACCGCCAAGGAGGUCGCCGCGGCCGCCUGCGUCGCCCUGCUCUCCAUACCCCUGCUGCGCCGGCUGUCGCCGCCGACGCUGCGCGAGGUCGUCGGCAGGGAGUGGUACGAGCAGCUGCAGAUCAUCAAGCAGGUCGUCGACGCGCUCGAGGAGAAGGUCUUCCUCGGCAAGUCGCCGCUGACCGAAACGUCGCACCCGCUCUUCGCGAACCUGAGCCUUCUGGCGCUGGUCGAGGACGCGGCGCGGCCGCCGCCGCGGCGCGCGGCCGGCGCGGACGAAGCGAAGGAGGGUCUGGAGAUGAUGAAGUACGCCUCGGCGGCCUACGGCGGCGCGUUCCUCCUCGCCCUCGGCCUCCUGACGCCCCGGGCCGCGAAGGACGCCGACGACUUCUCGUGCGCCUUCGCGGAGCGCGACGUGCGCGUGGCCCUCGCGGCGCACUGCGGCGCGCGCGACGUGCCCUACCUGCACCCCGGCGCGCCCGGCGUGCCGAGCCACUACGUCUGCCGGCGGCCCGACGGCGUUGUGGUAUUGGGCAUCCGCGGCACGUCGACGUUGAGCGACGCGCUCACGGACCUCGUCGCGUCCGACUGCGCCGCGGGCGGCGGCCGGGCCCACGCGGGCAUCUUCCGCGCCGCGGAGGCCAUCGCCGACGGCUGCGCCGCCGCCGUCGGCGCGCCGCGGCGGCUCGUCGUCGUCGGCCACUCGCUCGGCGGCGGCGCGGCCGUGUUGACGAGCCUGAGGCUCGCGGAGCGCCUCCCGGGCACGCGGGUCGCCUGCUACGCCUUCGCGCCGCCGCCGACGAUCACGGCCCGCGAAACGCCGGCGAACCUCGCCGUGAAGACCUACGCGCACGCCGACGACUGCGUGCCCCAGCUCUCGCUCCGGUCCGUCGCCCUCGUGCUGCUCCGCCUGCUGGCCAUCGACCGCCUCGACCUCGGCGUCGCGGCCCGCGUGAAGCUGCUCGCGGCCGGCGACGCCGCCGCGGCGCGCGCGACGUCCGCGAAGGCGCUCAGGCACUUCGCGCCGACGUCGAGCUUCCCGCUCCUCGACCACGUCGGCGACGAGUUCUUCCACCUCGAGGGGGGGGGCAUCGUCGCGCGCGACGCCGCCGAGCUCCGCGGCGUCCGCUUCCACCGCCGCAUGCUCGUCGACCACUUCCCCAACGCCUACGAGGCCGCGCUCGCCGCGGCCGCGGGGACCGCGUAA